UAAUGCGCGUUAACGAGCAUACCGCUGUUUCGACGGCACAGGUGCUCUUGGUGCCUUACUCGGCACAUCACGUACCAAGAUAUCAUGUAUGGAUGAAAGAUCCAGAAAUCCAAGAAGCCACUGCUUCCGAACCAUUGACACUGGACGAGGAAUAUGACAUGCAACAGAGUUGGCGGACCGAUGCAGAUAAAUUGACUUUUAUUGUGUGUCGGCCAGGGGAGACCGAGACGACGAUCCGUCAUGGAUCGCUCGACGUUGAUGCAAUGAUUGGUGACGUGAACAUGUUCAUCUCAAUUACCGAAGACGACGCAGGCUCCCAACUUCUCGUCGGUGAACUCGAACUCAUGAUCGCCGAACGCAGUGAGCAUCGCAAGGGGUAUGGCCGAGCCACGCUCUUGGCCUUUGUGAGAUACAUAGUCACCAACGAAGAGCGCAUACUGCAGGAACUCAUGUCUGAUCAGACACAUGCUGCUGCCAUUGAGCCUCGGCCUCGGUCUCGGUCUCGACUCGACCACUUCGCCGUCAAGAUAGGUCAGACGAAUCACGGCAGCAUUGCACUCUUUGAGAGCUUGGGGUUUUGUAAAACGAGUGACUCACCGUCGUAUUUUGGAGAAUACGAGUUACGGCUCGAGAGGGACAAGGUCGAUGGGCUUUUGGGCUCUAACUCGAGGAUGGGUCGAUUCUUGGAAGGAUACGUGGAGAUGGAGUACGUGUGUCCUGAGCAUACGAGAUAGACAGAUUACGGAAAUGUUUC